GCGCGCGAACGCCCUCGCGACGAUGAGGACCGGCGGUAUGUUGGACGGCCGCGAGUUCGGCAAACGCGUGCGUCGUGUCCUGGACGGCAAUUACUCGUAUCGCAAGAUCCUCCUGAUCAUUCUGGUGUGCGGUGGCCUGCUGCUGUACUUCGGCCCACCCUUUGCCCAGUGGCUCUUUACCUCUUCCAGGGAGCCCAUAGAAACAUUUGAAGAUCAUUGCAUGAAUGAGAGAUUGGCUAGCUUCUACUUUGAUGCUGUUGAGUAUAACGUAAACAUUCUGCACAACCCACCUAUGAAGAAUGAGCAUUCUUAUCUGCCGUACAUUGGCAACGGUGUUUUUGGCGUUCCUGUUUCUCCGGAAGCCUGGCUGUAUAUUAAACACAGGAGAGCGCUUUUGCUGCCUGUACAGUGGCAACCAUUGAUCUCACAUUCUAUACCCAAAGAUAGCGCUUAUCGAGAAGCAACGGUUGUUCAUUUUACAAACGGGAUUGUUUAUAAAUAUCAGUGCCUUAGAGAGGGAUAUCACAUAGAAUUUCAAUACUAUGCUCAUAGAGGUUUUGAUGGAAUUUUGGUGCAGACUGUAAAGGUCUCCAAUCCAUUUUCACUAUCUCAAGAAGUAUCAUUGAAGCCGCAGGAAUCUACCCAUUGGAGUAAUUCUCAUAUAGAACCCAUCAGAAUUCAGGUUGAUGGGCUUAAUCACGACUACUCUUUCGUGUCUGGAUUCAUAUCCGCGCCCAACUCUAACAAGAUAAUAGUUGUAUCGAUAAUUUACAAGGUUCCGCCUAAAACGGUGCAGGUGAAAGCACGCAGUUCCGUCAAAUUGGAAUUUCUAUCGAGCAUUCAAUACAGCGAGCCAAUCUCGUUCGAGCAAUAUCACGUGGAACGCGACACGACUAAGAAGAGAGCUAUCGAUCUGAUGAAGAAGGCGAUUUCGCGCCAGCAACGAAGCCUGAGAGAGGAGCAUAUAAAUCUCUGGCAGAGUUAUUGGUACACGAGUCUGAGAAUAAGUGAUUCCAAAGCCGACGGCGCCAUCAACGGUCACAAGAUUAAUUCCACCAUGUAUUACGUAUUAUCUCAGGUGUCGCGGAGUGUUCAAGAUGUCGAGAAAAACGUUGCUAUGAACGAAGGUUGCUACCGGGGUCAUCACACCAUGGACGCGCCUCGGUUAUGGAAAGAUACGUCGACCAUCGACGCCGUAAAUGAGAUAGUCGAGGCAUGGUUGAUAACGUUGGAAAAGCAAGGUUGCCAUCAUCUAGUGACCGGAGGUCCCGCGGCUGUACAGCAGGCAAUCGUACUGAGUCUCGGUAGCUUGAGAUUCAGUAAUCAACAUCUUGAAUUUAAUAUCGAUCCGCAGUAUCUUCAUCGCGAUUAUUUGUUUAGGUACGUUAUUAUCGACUAUAAGGUGAAUAUAAUUAAAAGUACAAUAUUAAAAAUUAAAAACACGUCUUAUAAGUUAGCGGAACAAAGUGAGCAGAAUCGAUUCUAAUUAAUAUAUUUAUUUGUUGCUCAUUUGUUGCUAAAAAGUUGCCAAAGAAAAAAAUU